UUGACACUUCUGCCCAAAGAUGACACUGACGGACUGUCUUCUGUCUGACACUGACUGAGAGAAACGAAACAGAGAAAAGAGAAGCUAAAAUCAUAAGGCUCAUCUAAGCAUCAAUUUCUAAAAUGUUAUAUUAAGUUAUAUAUCCUAGUUUUUAAAACGCAUAAUAUUUUGUUUAAAGUGUAGAUAUUUUCAUCUCUUUUAUUAUGAAAACAUGACCAUGAAUUUCGAAGCAUUAUGUCGACUAUGCGCAAAGGAAGACGAAUUUACAAAAGACUUGCUACACGAAAGCAAUCAGAAUCUCCUUAAAUUAAUAAAAGAAUUUGUACAUAUUGUUAUCAGUGAUAACGACGAAUUACCUACAAAAAUAUGCCUAAACUGUGAAGAAAAAAUGGUAGAAUUUCAGUUGUUUGUUCUGGAAUGUUUCAAAGUUCAAAGCACAUUAAAAGACAUACAUAGGAAUCUCAAUAUAAAGCAGGAACACGUAGAAGUGACAAUUAGUCCAUCCAUUAAAUCUGAGGUUAAAGAUGAAUUAAUGCCAGAAGACAUAGUAAGUGUUAUAAAUGAUGGACCAUCAUUAGCAGAAAUGGCCGGAGUCAUUAUUGAAAAUGAAAACAAUGAUGAUGACAAUAAGGAGGACAAUUAUGAUAAAUACGACAAUGAUGAUGAUGAUGAUGAAGAGUACCACACGAAUGAUGAUGAUGAUGAUGAAGAUGAUGACUAUCUAGAGGAUGUUUCGAUAGCUGAAUUGAAACAAAUUAAAAAAAAACGUAUAAAGAGAAAAUCAUUGACUGAAGAAGAAGCGGUUGAGUUUCAAAAAGUACUCCAAAAGUCAAAUAUUAAAGUUAAAGAUAUAGUUAAAUUAAAAUGCGAUGUUUGUAAGGAUUCUUUCAAAUCUUGGAGCGCUCUGGGCAUGCACUACGCAAAGAGCCACAAGAGUAAACCGCUUGUAUUCUGCAUCUGUGGCUUCGUUAUUCGAUCAAAGAGUGUCCUUUACAAACACGUGUCCGAUCACAAAAUAGAAAGUAGGAAAUUUAGAUCGGCCACAGAUUCGGACGGGGACAAACUGGACGAUUCCAAGUAUUCGAGCCUUAAUGUUAAAGAUUUUAUUAAUUUUGUAUGCAAUAAUUGUGACAAAGAAUGUUCGAGUUGGUACACUCUGAAGGCGCACUGUCAGCGGGAACACAACACCUUGCCUUUCGUUAAUUGCGUCUGUGGGAUAACGCUUAAGUCUAAGUCUGUUUUAUAUAAACAUGUUCAGGAUCAUAAGAAUCCCAAUUUCCUAGCUUGCGAUAAAUGUCCGAGGAUAACAAAGACGAUAGAAGCGUUGACGAAACACAAAAUGAGACACAUACCUAAGUCGGAGCGUCGGUUCUGCUGCACCACUUGCAACAAAACUUUCAACAGCAGAGAGACUUUGAAAUCGCACGAGAGAUCCCACAUACCUAUAGAAGAGAGGAAAGUAUUCCGAUGCGAAUUAUGCGAUCUCAAAUUUACAACGCGUUCGUCCGCGGCUUCGCACAAGCGCGUGGUACACGACAAGAUCAAGAGCUACGUGUGCGACUUGUGCGGCUACGCGUGCGGCACCAACGGCGAGCUGCGACAACACCGCGCCAUACACAGCGACGACAAGCCCUACGUCUGCCGCAAGUGCUCCAAGCCUUUCAAGACGUACUCGAACCUGAAGACGCACAUGGACACACACGAGGAGACGUCGUACGCGUGCUACGUGUGCAGCAGAGUGCUCAACAGCCGGCGCACGCUGCGCAAGCACCUGCUCGUGCACGAGGACAAGUGUCGGCAUGUCUGCUCCUACUGCAACAAGGCUUUCAAGCGCAAGCAGACAUUGAAGGUACACAUGUACAUGCACACGGGCGACAAGCCGCUCACGUGCAAGUGGUGUGACGAGCGGUUCGCGUACGCGUCCACACUGCGCUCGCAUCGCCUGCGCUGUCACGCAGACAAGAUGGCGGCCAGCCACCCGCACGCACACGCGCACACGCAUGCGCACGCGCACGCUACACUGCCCACGCACGCGCCGCCAUACGACGCGCUCGCGCACGCUAUACAACAAGAAUUCAUGAAAAACGAUUCAACGGGAGCUGUACCUAAGAAUGAAGUGGAGGCUAUAUAAACUAUAAGAACCUACAUUGUGCAAGAUUUUCUUGAUUUAUCCUUGGAAUAUGUUAUAUUUUUUGUAUUAGG